AUACACAAAUGCAAAACUGCUCGCCAUAACAAUUAUACACUCGUACAACUCUACCAUGCCGUCGCCUUCUCCACCGAAUCCCCGCACCACUGCGGAGCAAAUAGACGAACACAGCACCAUGGAAGAGCGGCAUCAAUCAAAUUUGACAAGCUUUCUAAAAUGGGCAGCACAACUUGGUAUUUCAGACACACCCCAUCAUUCAAUUUCUUCUUCUUCGUGUUUGGGUCAUUCUCUCACCAUUACUGAUUUCCCUGAAGCUGGAGGGAGAGGUUUGGCUGCUGUUCGAAAUCUUAAGAAAGGGGAAUUGAUUUUUAGAGCACCUAAAUCAGCAUUGAUGACAAGUGAGAGUUUACUUGAGAAAGAUCAUAGACUUGCUCAUGCUAUCAAAUGCUAUCAGUCUCUUUCCUCUACUCAGGUUCUUACCGUGUGUCUAUUAGCUGAAGUUAACAAAGGAAGGAGGUCUGCUUGGUAUCCUUAUGUAAUGCUGCUUCCCAGAAGCUAUGACGUUCUAGCAAGUUUUGGUCCGUUCGAGACAAAAGCAUUGCAAGUAGAUGAUGCUAUUUGGUUAGCAAAGAAGGUUAUUUCAAAGGCUGAGUCAGAUUGGAGUGAAGCUGUUGCAUUGCUAGAACAACUAAAGUUAAAGCCUCAGCUUGUGAGCUUGAAGGCUUGGCUCUGGGCUUUUGCAACAAUAUCAUCACGCACAUUGCACGUUCCAUGGGAUAGUGCUGGGUGCUUGUGUCCUGUGGGCGACCUUUUCAACUAUGCUGCACCUGGAGAGGAGUUCGUUUCCACCGAAGUUUCUGAGAGCUGGCUCGAUGAUUCUUUGUUACAAGUGAGAACUCUGCAGGAUAUAGAUGACACAGAGGACCCACUGUUGGAGACUGAAAAUAUAGAUGCCUGUUCUGGCAGGUUAAUUGAUGGUGGCUAUGAGGAAGAUGUAGCUUCAUAUUGUUUAUAUGCCAAGAGAAACUACAAGAUUGGUGAGCAGGUUUUAUUAAGCUAUGGGACGUACACAAACUUGGAACUUCUUGAACAUUAUGGAUUUAUUCUGAAUGGAAAUCCUAAUGACAAGGUUUUCAUCCCUUUGGAACAUGAUAUGUUUGCUUGCCAUUCAUGGCCUGCAGAUUCUCUGUACAUUCAACAUGAUGGGAAGCCUUCAUUUGCCCUGUUAUCUGCAUUGAGAUUGUGGGCAAUUUCUCCAAACAAGCGGAAAUCUAUUGGUUACCUUGCACUUUCUGGGUCACAGCUCUCUCCAGAAAAUGACAUUGCCGUGAGGAAAUGGCUGAUAUCAAAGUGUCGUGCGAUCCUGAGAAGUCUCCCCUCAACUGUAGAAGAUGACCUAUCAUUACUUGGUACAAUCGAUAAAGCUCAACAGCUUCAGUGUUUUGAUAAGCCAGAUAAUUUGUCUUCCGCAGCUUCCAUGGAAUUCUGCAAUUUUUCCCAGUCAAUGAACUUUUGCUGUGGAGGAACUGAAGUCGUGCCUGGUAUGUCCUCAAACGUCAAGAAGUCUAUGGAUAGAUGGGCAUUGGCAGUUCAAUGGAGGCUUAGAUACAAGAAAACACUUGUUUCUUGCAUCUCCUUUUGCUCUCGAACUAUUGAGAUCCUCAACCCUGAGCAUGCAACAAUGAAGUAAAGAAAAUUGUACAUUGAACAUGGAGCUUGUACCAUUAUGUAAAAAGAAAAUUGAACAUGUAACACAGAAGUAAAGCGAUCCAAGUAAUGAAUGAGCCUGUUUCAUGCUAUGAUGUAUCAUGCCAUAGCAGGUAGGACUACUGAAGAGAGUAAAAAAUGCCAGUACCAUGCAGCUACUGAUCAGACACUGAGCUGCAGCUGAAGUCGAGCUUGUGUGAGCAUGUCUUCCCGGCUUCUGGGAAAGACUCACUGCCAGCGUAACACAAAUAGCUGACACUCUUGGAAAGACAGGCAGGACUGGGAGCAGAGUUUCAAACUAGACUAGGCCUUAAUGCUCUUAUUGACUUCAUCUUUGAGGUGUGGCCUCUGCCUUAGAAAGCUUAUAUUGGCUAUUUGUUUUCUGAUGAUCGCUACUAGUUAAGUUAGCAGACAUAUGCGCAACUUAAUUACUUUUAAAUUUUAUGAAAUCACACAAUAUUAAUUGCAACAAUGAUUUUCACACUUGCAAGCACACAACUUUGAUUAGUUAAUAUGAGUAUUUUUUAGAUAUAAUUCUUAGUUAUUAGAACUAUAAAACGAUUUAUAGUUAACAUCUAACAAUUAGAAGUUGAUUAUAGCUCACAAAAUAGCUAACCUAGUAACAAGUACUAAUUUCGCUGAUUUAAUUCACACCAUUGAUAAUUGAUACGUUGGCGUUUUGCUAUCACUAUGAAAACCCAUUCCUAGUUUAUAGGUUGUACGGUGAGUAAAAUUGUUCAAUACAUUGCAUACAACAUUGAAGUCAAGAUUUUACCUGAAAUUAUGGGUGCACUUUAUCUAACUUAAGUCUAAAUUUUGACUAACUUAGGUCGACGUAUCAAUGCAGCAAUGCAAAGGACCCAUGUCUCCAAUAAAAUCAAGCAUUUCUGGUCAAUUAAGUAAUAACUUUAGGUCAUCUUUUACAUUCGUUACUCUCUCCAUUUAUAUGGUUUUACACACUUGUGAUUUAUUAAGAAUUGUAGAGUUGUCUUUGUCAAAAAAAAAAAAAAAAAAAAAAAAAA